AUGGCAUCCAGAAUCGCUACCCGUGCUUUCUCUACCAGCGUCCGCCGGCUACAGGCCCAGCAGGCCAGCGGCAGCGAGCAUCUUCUGAAGCAGGAGAGCAAGCGCAACCCCGAGCUCAUGAUCCUCGGAGCCGUUAUGGUUGCCGCUCUCGGCGGUGCUGGAUUCUACUUCGGACGUACCCCGACUUCAUCUACAUCUGAGCAAAAGGUUCCCCAUGCCGGCAGCCCCUGGGAGACCGGUGGUGAGGGCAAAUACCAGUACUACCCCGGCGGUGACAGGUCGGCCCAGCCCAAGGAAGCCCCUAGCGCCGUCAACACCGUUGUCGUUCCCAACGUCAACCUGCCCAAGGAGCUGCACGAGAAGUACAACAAGUGGGGCAAGGACGGCUACUAGACAAAGUGUUGGGGUUUUCGGGAACGGAAGACGUCGGGAAGCGCAAGCAGAUUCAGCAGCAGUUUGGGAUGGAUGUGUAGAUAGACUGGGCGGCAUUCCAAAAAGAUUUUUUUUUUUUU